AUGGACGUUGACGAAGAGGAAGUUGAAAUGGCUUCUUCUAGCAGUGGCAAAGGAGAUAAAAAGAGAUUUGAAGUAAAAAAGUGGAACGCUGUUGCAUUGUGGGCUUGGGAUAUUGUAGUGGAUAAUUGCGCUAUCUGCCGGAACCAUAUUAUGGAUCUAUGCAUAGAAUGCCAAGCAAAUCAAGCAUCUGCCACUAGCGAGGAAUGCACAGUAGCAUGGGGAGUUUGUAAUCAUGCAUUCCAUUUCCACUGUAUUUCACGUUGGCUCAAAACUCGACAAGUGUGUCCACUAGACAACAGAGAAUGGGAGUUCCAAAAGUAUGGUCAU